AUGAGCGAGGAUCAACGUGAGGGUGUAGCUGCUGGUGGGAAGCACGCAGCACCCCAACUGCCCGCACCGCGAGCACCAACAACACCGCCACCAGAAACAGCAGAGGCAGCAGCGGGAAAAUUACCAAAAAAAUCACAAAAUCUGCGGGGUGAAUCAGCAGCAGAACUGUCAAAACCUGCGGCACCAGCAAAGGAAGCAGGACAAGUGACCCAUAAUGCACCGAGAGCACAGGAGUCACUGCCACCGAAGGCGCCCGGCCAACCUCAAAACAAGAAACGAAGAUCCGACAUUUUAGCACAAGAAGAAGCACUAGCGGGUUGGAGUCCGUGUACAGCGCAACAACCGGACGUCCUCGCGAGCCGCCUCCAUACUCAGUAG